AUGGCUCCAUUCCUAGUUCUCGACGAUGUGACUGAGGCUUCGCAAGAGAGCAAGCCUGAAGCCACCACUCAGACUGAUGACAAGAACGAGACAAGCACAGCCGAAGGCACAACCAACAGCACGAAAGAUGAUGCCAAAAGUGAAUCCGCCGACAAAAAGGCCGAUACCAAUGGUGACGCUAAGAGCGAUGCUUCAAAUGACGAACCGGAGCCAAAGAAGAAAGUUGAUGCUGCAGAGCCAAUGAAGGCAGAACUGAAACACCUCGAUCGCAAGUACAGCGAAAAGCACAAGUGGUACUUUGCUGAGACGGUCGAGGAUAAGGCGGUCCCAGACCAAGUUGAUUGGUGGACAAAAUAUGCUCUGUGCGUGACAAGAUACAUGUCAUCGGAUGGCAAAAAGGUCGAGAAGGUAGUCGUCAACAUCAACUCACAGCACCUCAAAGACCUGCUCAAGGAAGCGAUUGGCUCAUACCCUGGCGUCAGUCUCGACACAAAAGACAUCACCCUGACACAGCCAUGCCGACUCCUCUACCACUACCUGCCCGAGAUCAAACAACAUGGCGAAAAGUUCGAGGCUGGCUCUGAGGCAGCAGCCCACUACCGAGUCCUCCUCAACCACAUCAACGAGGAGUUUGACGAGACUAUCCAAGAAGCCGAUAAUCUGCGCGAGCAAGGCGUUAUGAGCUACCAGCAUCUGUGGACUGUGUUCAAGCCCAAGAGUAUCGCAUUCGCACGCGUGCUUGGUCAGAUUCAGGCAUUCCGCGUGCAGGACUCGUUUUACGUAUGUGGUCAAAACCCUCGUAUGGCGCUUAACCUGCAGCAAGUGGACUUUGAUGGCAAACGCUUUGGUCACCGCACCGAACAACUGUGUAUCCCUGCUUACCUAGGUGCUGUGGCAAUCAACAAACUCGAUGUCGUGCCUCGUGUCUUCUUCCCUCAUGUAGAGGAGGUAGAGCAGCGUCUUAUCGCCAGAGGUCGCAGAUUCGAGCAGUAUGCUGGUAUUCACUUUGCCGAGCAUGCUGCUGUUGCCUUGGAGCACGUCUACAACAGCAACCGAGGUUGCUACGAUAUCAACCGCGUGCACAUCAGCGAGAGAGUGGUGAUAGAUUGCGCCACCCACCACCGCAUGAACCCUGAACUCGCCAAAACUGUCUCUGCCUUUGAUGACGAGGCGAUGAUUCUAGUCAAGGACACUCAGAUCAACAACAACGACGGCUAUGACUCUGACAACGAAAGCUACAACAGCUACGACUCGGACAACGACAGCGAGGAUGACUCCCCAGAUCGACUAGACCGCGACCUCAUACCCUCUGUCAAACAAAACUUCAAGCCCCUGACAGAUGCUCAAUGCCUGCUGGCCUCAGCACUCGUCCACGGCUUCUCCUUCACCCACAAGAAAUGGAUAGACAUGUUCAUAGACGAGCUCUCUCCUGUCGACUGGAACCCCGACUGCUUCGACCAACUAGUCCUCGCUCCCCGCCAGAAGAAACUCGUGCAAGCACUGGUCACCGAACACAUAUCCUCCAAAAACGACUUCGACGACAUCAUCAAGGGAAAAGGCAAAGGCCUUGUUCUCGUUCUCCACGGCCCUCCCGGUGUAGGCAAGACGCUCACUGCAGAGUGUGUAGCUGAGCGCUGCAAACGACCCCUUUACGUCGUUUCUUCCGGUGACCUUGGCACCGACUCCUUGACUCUCGACGAAAGACUGACGCAAAUCUUGGAUAUGGCGAGUACAUGGCGAGCGGUCCUUCUCAUUGACGAAGCAGACGUGUUCCUCGAACGCCGCUCGCUGCACGACAUGGAACGCAACGCUCUAGUCUCAAUCUUCCUCCGCGUACUCGAAUACUACCAAGGCAUCCUAUUCCUCACUUCGAACCGCGUGGACACCUUCGACGAUGCGUUCAAAUCACGCAUUCACGUUCCGUUGAAGUAUACAGGCCUGGAUACCUCUUCCCGCAAACAGAUCUGGAAGAACUUCUUGGACAGGGCCGAGGAAGGCGCUGUUGAUGAGGAAGGACUGGAGAAGUUGGCACAGCAUGAUUUGAAUGGAAGACAGAUCAAGGGUAUCGUCAGAACGGCUACCAGUCUAGCUAGGUAUGAUGGCAAGAAUUUGGACUUGGAGACGUUGGAGCAGGUCGUGGAGAUCCAGAUGGAUUUCGAGAGGGAUCUGGUUGGAGAUAAGCAGUGA